AGGAGUAUGAUGUAAUUCAGUCCACCAUUACACUACACGACGCGUGACGAGAAAUCGUGGAAACCAAAAAUAAAAUCAAUAUUUUUGGUGCGUUUGGUGGUCUUGGUGACUUAAGUGGCAUAGAUAAAUUAAUUCAAUGAAUAGUAAAAAAUCGUAGUGUUUGAACCCAAUUACGAAACUCGUAAAGUCCAAAUUCUCCGUAGUGCGAAUAUUUAUAAAUAUCAGCAAAAGUCAUCGUGCUCUAUCCAAGAUGUAGCGUAGACAUAAAACGGAACAAAAAGUGUGAACGUGAUGUAUGAGUGCGAAGGUUUGACCGAUUAUUGAGUAUUUGGUGCUGAAUUUAUCGAAAAAGAUUGUGAUCCGCAGCUAGAAACAUGGAGAUUGUUGGUGACUAUGAAUAUAGCACGAAAGACCUUAUAGGUCAUGGGGCCUUCGCAGUAGUCUUCAAGGGUCGCCUCAGGGAGAAGCCUUCACGCACUGUUGCUAUAAAAAGCAUCACAAAGAAAAGCCUUGCCAAAUCGCAAAACCUUUUAGGAAAGGAGAUAAAAAUUCUGAAGGAGCUAACUGAGCUACAUCAUGAGAAUGUUGUUGCUUUAUUGGACUGUAAGGAGUCAGCCAAUAAUUUGAGAUAUCUCUGAAUGUUGACCAGCCUUGAAAUUAACAUAACGCAAGAUUCAUAUUCCAAAAACCAUCCAUACUGUAAUGGGGGUGACUUAGCUGAUUAUUUGCAUGCUAAGGGGACACUGAGUGAAGAUACCAUUAGGUUAUUUUUGAUACAAUUAGCUGGUGCUAUGAAAGCUCUGUAUGCCAAAGGCAUAGUACAUAGGGACCUGAAACCACAAAAUAUAUUGCUUUCGCAUAGUGGAAUGAAGGUGCAUCCUCAGCCAUCUGAGAUCAAGUUAAAAAUUGCCGAUUUUGGGUUCGCCAGAUUCCUGCACGACGGGGUAAUGGCGGCCACACUGUGCGGUAGCCCGAUGUAUAUGGCUCCCGAAGUCAUAAUGUCUCUUCAGUACGAUGCGAAAGCUGAUCUGUGGAGUUUAGGAACGAUAGUUUUUCAGUGCCUGACAGGGAAAGCGCCUUUCCAAGCUAGUACUCCGCAAGCGUUAAAACAAUACUAUGAGAUAAAUGCGAAUUUAUCCCCUAAGAUACCAGUUGGAACUAGUCCCGAAUUGACUGAUCUUCUGACGGGUCUAUUGAGACGAAAUGCUCCCGAACGUAUGAAUUUCGACACAUUCUUCAAUCACAAAUUCUUGAAGAGACCUGAUCCUCCAGUAUCGCAGAGCCCUUUACAAACUGACAUACUGUAUGGUUCACCACCGAGCUUGACUAAGGUUGCCUCAUCACCUCGGGUCGUUACGCCUAUGAAAAUGGCGUCUCCAUCCAACUCACAACCAGAAUCGCCGAGAUCUGCAAGAACCGCGCUCAGUUCAAGUCCUGAAGAUGAUUAUGUUAUAGUUCCACAGAAUAUCCCGAUGCACUCCGACAAUUCCGCUGAGAGCAGUUUAGAAAAAGACAAGACGGGAUUUAAGCUGCCUGUCAAAUCAACGCCGCUACCUUACGGCCCUGUGGCUAGUCCUACCAGACCCAGUUUUCUGCCCAUAUCAGAACCUAUCCCGGUGCCUACGCAAAGAGAAGCUUUCAAGAAGAUUUAUAAUCAAACAAAGAAGAAAGAUGAACCAUCAUCUCCAACGACGGUUAGCAGUAGCGUUCCUAGAUCUCAACCCAUAACCAUGAAGAAGAGGCCUGAAAGGCAGACGUCUGACAUAGAUAUUAGUUCUAUGUCACCACCGUCGGUGCAAUUUGUGAUCGGAACUCCCCCAGGCAAUAGGAGACGAUCUACUUCAGGUAGCUUAUGCGAGACUCCACCUCCUCCGAACAUAUGGACUGUAUCACCUGUUUCGGCAGCUAAGAGUAUUCCGAUGAAUUCACCAUUGAGAAGAUCAGGCACUUCUCCGCCUAUUCUGACUGGUCCUUUGGCACGAGUACCGAUGCUUAGCACCCCCAAUCUGAUGGGUGAUAAUAACAACAGCCUGGGGCGUUCGCCUGUGGUCCCGUUCUGUACGCGGGCUAUGACUUUGCCAGAGAUAUCAGAGGGUAAUUACGGUAACGUGUUCUUCGACAACGACGUGAUCCUCAGCGGAAGUGCUUCACUAUCCGAGGCUGGGGAUCUGACGGGAGGCGAAUUCUCAGAGUCGCAGCAGAGACCUGUCACUUUUAUCGCGCCUGAGUUACCAGAAGAGACUCUGUUAGAGCGUGAACACAACGAGACCCUGGCGAAGCUGAACUUCGUCCUAGCUCUGACAGACUGCAUUCUUGAACUGGCCAAUGAUCGAAUCGCCCCGCUGACCGCCGCUUUGGCCAAGGUCGCAGCCAGGGAUGCGCAGCUACAGGCCAACAGGGCCAGGGAAGGCCAACAGCAGGGCAAUCAGGUGCAGCAACAACAGCAACAGCAAGACAACGCGAACAGAAGCAGCCUGGUGCGCACCGGGCCAACUGAUAAGGAACGUCGCGUGGCAGAACGACUGGUACUGAUGCUCAGAGCGAUGCAGUUGCUCAGCUCGGGGCUGAAUCUGGCAACGACGCAAUUGCAGUCAGGGCAAUUGAGGCCCAGUACAAAUGUUAAGAACGUUGUUACGACGAUGAAUUCGAAAUUCAAAGAAACUCUCGCGAUUUGCAAAGAAAUCAACACAAACGGACUUAUGGAAAAAAUCGCCAACACCAACAUUACCGCUGAUAAGAUCAUAUACGAUCAUGCUAUCAACAUGUGUCAGUCAGCAGCAUUGGAUGAACUAUUCGGCAAUCCGGAGUUGUGUUUCCAACGAUACCAGACUGCUCAGAUACUUCUCCACAGUCUUUCGCAGCAAGUGCGAAAUCAACACGAUAAAUUGCUUCUCAAUAAGUAUAAAGAUGCAGUAGAAAAAAGGCUAUAUGUGCUUCAACAGCAAGGAGUGGCUUAUGCUACUGAAUCCACAAUUAGCUAAGUAUUAACGUUAUACUGAUAUCAAUCAAUAGAAAUCGUGUGAGAAGCUUUGAUCAACAUGUCACAAAUUUGGAAAAAGUGUCACAUUUUCGCUUCACUUCACUGACUGAUAUUGCAGCAAACAAAGUAAUUUUGACACGAUGUCCUUAAUAUAGUUUUGCUAUAUUUGUCAGAUAGUGGUUUGAAUAAAGACUGAAAUUGAAAUAAUUAUCAAAAAUGAUGUUUUUAACCUAAUUUUAAAUAUAUAUAUAUAUAUAUACAUAUAUAUCUGGACGUCAGAACUAAACAGUAUUAAGUCACACUUUAUAAAUUUUCCAGUAUAGCAAUCUGAAGAAUUUAGAUUGUAGAAUACGCUAUGGACGAUGUCCCAGGUAUGAUGCUAAAAUGUAUUUUGCUGGCUCCAGUCAAUGUUGGUUGAAAGGUAUCACAAGCAGUUGUGAAAAUACACCCUUUUAUUUAAAAAUUUUGAUUGAAACACAACUUGUGGACAAAAUAUUGUAUGGUUCUGAGAAUGGACAUAAUAUCUUGUGACUAAAUACCUGAAUCAGCGACUUAAUACAGUGUGGCUCUCAGUCAAUGUUGUACAUUUGAUGACAAAGUCCUGUACAGCAAUAAAGAAAUAAUUGAAAAUAGAAAAAAAUAACGUUUAUUUGGGUUCUCAUUACAUAGACUCAUUAAUACUAACUUUAAUAGUAAAAUUUAAUUAUAAUAAUGCACUCUAUGCAAAUAUUCAACCAUCUAGUCAUCUUCAUGAACUGCCUCAUGGCGAAGAUUUUUAUAAUAACCAUGGAAGCGCUGCGGCACCCAUUUCAAUAGUUUUUGCAAAUCAGUGUAUUUUUUUGUGGAAAUUGGUUUUGGAUCAUUUCUUAUGGGCAGCAGCGUGGGCAAACUGGAUGUACUGGGAUUAUUCAAUUGUCGUGUUGAUCUGCGAUUAACUCUAUGGUAGUCGAUCUGUUCGAAAUUUUCUUGACAGAAUUUUGUUUUGAAAUGCAUUACUCCAGGUGUUUCCGCCAAAAAUUUCAUGUGCACCACUUUUGAUACAAAAAAUGUUUGGUUUGUCACUGUUUUUUUCUUUGACUGAAAAAUACAUCCUUGUAGAUCAUUGAAAUUUUUGAAGUUAUCUGUUUCCAUUUCUUUUACGGCUAUAUUAGGACCACACAACCUGAUUAGCUGCUGCCAAUCCCACGGUGUACAUAUUUGGAACUGAGGUAGUGACUUGAUUUGUUUUUCAAUUCUUGCAUGUACUGUAUCUGCCUCCAUAUGGGUAUGUCCGCGCAAAAGAAACUUAUGCUCAAUGCAUUUCAAAGAAGGCUUCAUCAUAAGUAGGUAAGAAUAACACAUGAUCAUCUGCUGGUUUCUAUUUUGAGAAGGACAAUUGUCGCUCCAAAUUAUAAUCCUUUCAAUCGAAUUAGGAAGAUCUAAGAUAUAUCUCAUCAUGCAUGAAGCCAUCUCAUUACCUCCACGACCGGCCACUGACUCAUCCCAAACAAAGCAAUCUGCAGAUUUGUCUGUUGCAUCAUAAAUAGUGUAAUUAAACGUCCAUAAUUUGAGGGAGUAGAAACUUUGACAAUUUUUUAGCAAAGGUGUAGCAAGACAUUUUUGUAAAUCAACAGUUAUCAUUUUUAUACCUGGUUGAGCUCUAGCUCCCUCUUUGUCUUUUCGUUUAUACGUGUAACGGUUAUCAGCAUCCAGAAGAUGAGCUUCAUACUUCUUUUGUAAUUCAUUUCGCUCUUCCACUGAUCCAGCAUCUUUCAACUUGAUAAGAAAUUCAUCGCAUGUAUCGCAGGUGUCAUUGUCCGGUUCUUUGAAUGACAGAUUGAACUCGGUGUUAAAUAUAUCUGCGUAUAACCACUGUUUCGGGAUUUCUGCUUGACUCAAUUUCUUUUCUAUACAUUCUUCAUAAAAGCAUUGAUACAUUUUGGAGAUACUGAGAUGACUUCCCAAGUAGCGCCUCUGGCUUUUAUUCCGUGAGUAAUGAGAGUCUACACAUGGGAACUUCUGAAUGUGUUCUCUUAUGAUGUUCCUCACUUCAGGACCAAUUUUGUUUGGUGGUUCGUGUUUGCCCCUUUGGUCAGGUAUCACAACGCCGCUGCUCAGUCUUUUUGUUAAUGCAAAGCGGAUUGAUGUUUGAGAGAUGCUUAGAGUGUUGAUAAAGAAAGUACGACAGACACUAAUCUUUUUGCCGUUCACCGUGAAAAAAUAUCUCAAUGAAUAUUUGCGUUUACCAGCACGUGACCCAGUUCUAGUACGAACACGUUGCACUGGAACUUCUUCUAUGCAACCAGCAAUAAAUUGCCUUUCUGGUCCACAAGUAGCUCACUGCUCCAAAACUGGGAAUAAAUUGAAGCUCGAUCAUCAGAUGAGAUAUUUAGAGUGCACUUCUUCUUACAAUCAACACCACAGGGUAGUUUCAUACUUUUUGCGGGAAUUACUUUCUGUUUUGCUGACACAUAUUCCUCGCCUGCUGCUUUCUUUGUUUUUCUGAUGUUGUUCUUCCAUUUUUUACAGUUUCUGGAACGUUUUCUUCCUUUUUUUUCAAUAGUAGCUGCAGAAGAUACAGAUUCAUUGGAACUACUACAUGUUUCGGUUUGGUAAUUCAAGUCUGAAUGAUACUCUGUUAGGACAGUAUUGGCAAUAGGGUGCUUACUAUCACUACUACAACUUUCCAAAGUAUCAUUUUUUUCGUAUUCUUUGUCAACAACUGGAAUAAUUUCAUCUCCUACGUUUUCAGCGAAUAGCAUCGGUUCAUCAUUGUUAUCUACUGCUACUGCAAUCACUUUUACAUCACUUGGUAUGCCACCGUCCAAAGAUUCUGGUACUGCCUCUAAUUCCAUAAGAAUCUCGGUCUCCUCAUCACAUUGCAACUGCCCUGAAAAGAUGAAUGCAAACAUUACAUUCGUUACAAUAGAAGACGCCAAGUAGAAGCUAUUUCUUCAUUUUUAUUAAACUUGAAAUCGUGCAUAGCCAGUAUUAUUGUUAGCAGAUUCUUUGAGAACCAGUUCUGUUUUCGAUAGCUAAUUUUACUUACAACUACAGGGUGGGGCAAAAGUCGCGAAGGGAUUUGAAAAAUUAAUAACUUUUUUAAAUUUUAAUUUUAAUUUUUUUCCCUAACACAAAACUAAAAUGCAAUGUUUGGAGUUUGUUUACAAUUUAAGUGUGAAAGAUUACAUCACGCAAAUGACCGCCAUUUUCAGCCUCGCAAAGUGCAGCUCUUGCAAGAGCAUUUUCCAUUACCCGAGUCAGAAUAUCUGGCCCCAAAGCACUUACUUCUGCUCGAAUAUUAUCUUUUAGUUGCUGCAGGGUUGUGGGUUUAUUAAUAUACACUUUUCUUUUCAGAUAUCCCCAAAGGAAAUAAUCAGGGGCUGUUAAGUCCGGCGAGCGGGCGGGCCAAUUGAAUCCUGAAUUUCUCGAAAUUAAACGUUCGCCAAAAAUCUGCCUUAGAAGGUGCAUAGUGGCUCGAGCAGUAUGCGCAGUGGCUCCAUCUUGUUGGAAAGUCAUCGUUUGAUUGUCAGCAAGAGCUGGUCUUAAGAAAUUUUGAAUCAUAUCACGAUAUCGGUCGCCAUCUACAGAUACAGCAUUCCCAUCGUGGUCUUCGAAGAAGAAUGGUCCAAUAAUUCGUUGAGACGUAACUGCGCACCAUACUGUACAUUUAAG